AUGGCCUCGGGCCACAUCAACCCAUCCCUACCUGUCGCACGUACUUUGGUAGAGGAAGGCCAGGAAGUCCACUACCUCUGCAGGGAGCAGAUGAAGGACGCCAUUGAGGACACGGGGGCCACCUUCCACUCGGAGAUCGAAGAACUGCCCGAGAUGUAUGAGGGCAGAAACGUUGACAUUUUCGGGUGCUUGUCGGACCUUCAAAAGGAGUAUGGCUUGGAAGAGGACCCUCUGUUUGUCGCGAUGUUCAAGAUCCGGGAAAUUAUGCAGGAGAUGAUGCUGCCCGGCAUUCUACGUUGGCUUGAGAAAGUCGGCGUGGAUGUGGUCGUCCUUUGCCCUCUGAUGAACAAGGAGGCCUGUUGGGCUGCGCAAAUUCUGGGCAUACCGUGCGUCGGUAUCAUGACAACAGCUGGGCCGGGAAGCCUGCGCUUGGCGACUUUGGAAUGGCUGGAGAAGAUGGGCUACACCACUGAGCGGUGCUUGAAGGAGAGCUGUGCCAAAAGGCUACAAGUAAGGCUGGAGCGCCGUGCCUAUCAACCUCUGCUUGAAGCUGUUGAUCGCUUGCGGGCCAAAUAUGGCUUAGAGAUCGAGCUCGAUGAGGAGAUGGCACCAGUAGGCAUGUCGGUGGUCGCAAAGCAAUCGGCACUGACCCUGGUCACCACCGUGGACUUCCUGGCGGACCCCCUGUCCCCAGAGUUGGAGAAGAUCUACGAAGAAGCGCAGACGGAGUUUGUCUUCGUCGGGCCGCUGCUGGACAAGGCCGGAGCCAAGCGAGCAGCAGGGCACAAGUUCCAGAAGGAGGCCGGGAAGGAGGCCGAGUCUACCAAGGGCCUUGAGCCGCCACAAUCCGCAGAAACGGCCCCCAUCGAUCCCGUAGCCUUGAUGCGCAAGGCCCGCGAAGCGGGUCGAAAGGUGAUUUUUGCGAGCAUGGGAACGGUCAUUACAGGAGACAGCCCGGAAGUUGGCUGGGCCAACCACAUGUCCGUCGAUGGAGUUUUUCAGGGCUUGACCGGCAAAGAGCUUUGCCAAGCCGCUUGGGGUGGUCUUUUCGAUGCCUUCGGCACAGACAGCGCUGACGAGGGUCCGCUGCUGUUGGUCUCUUUGGGGCCACAACCAGAUGCACUCGAGAACCUCGUGGCUCCGGCGAACGCUGCAUGCUUGCCGGUUAUGCCACAAGUUGACAUCUUAAAGGAGGGCGUGGACUUGUUCCUGACACACGGAGGCCAAAACAGCUUCAUGGAAUCCCUGAGCACGGGCACUCCGGUUGUUGUUUGCCCAGGAUUUGCAGACCAACCUGUUAAUGCUCAGAAGGCUGUCCAGCUUGGUGUCGGCCUGCAAAUCGAGCGACCUAUGUGCGAUCUGAGCGAGGCAUCACAGGUGGCUGCCAAGUACCGACGCGACGUCGCGGCAGCUGUCCAGGAGGUCCACAGGAACCCGGAGUUUAAGACCAAAGCGAACGAGUGCUCUUUGAAGAUGCAGUCUGCAGGUGGCGUCCGGCGAGCUACAGAUCUCAUACUCCAGGUGGCGAAUUCAGGUUGCUUUUUCCGGCUCCACGAUCCACACGCCAGCGAGGAGAAGGUGCUUGGGCAAGACGAUUUCGAGUGGUGCUGCACAGGUGGCAGGAACAACAUGAAAUACAGUGGCACGGGCGUGGACGGUUCAGGUCUCACCCACAGAAAGGCCCUGCAGUCCAAAGCGAGCCUGAAGCUGAUCCAGGCACAGGUCGCAGCGGGUCACGAUAUGAAAGGGCUGGGUGUCCGGAUGGAGCAGAGCGAGUUCAAGGCAUCUGCGUUGGAUGGCGCUGCAACAGUCACAUUUGACGGCAUGCAGAACCUGCGCAGCGUCGACAUUUCGGACGAAGCGUUGGCAAAAGCCGGGAGUGAGACAGCCUUGGCCGAGGCCUUGCUGAAGGCCCUGCAAGAAGGCCACGACAGCAGCGUCGCAGGCUCAGAAGACGAUGUCUGGUCGCUUUACCAGAACAACCCAGACCUGAUCCAGGCUCCAUUGAUCCAGAUUGGUGCAGGCAACACUGCGCAGGACUUGUGGGCGAAUGUGACAAAGACCAAUGAGACCCUCAAGCUGGCGGAGGAGCUCUUCCUCCAUUUCGAUCAGGACGAGGAUGGCUUCUGGAACUUCAAAGAGACUUCGGCUGUACAGCUCGCCACGGAGGGAACAGAAAUGGGCGAAGAAGCCUUCAACUCCCUCAUCAUUGCUGCAGCACCGAAUGGAGGCCGUCACUUGACAGAGGAGGACAUGGCUCGGGGUCUGUCGAAAGAUCAGGUGCUGGACCUCUACACCAACGCCCAGAGACAACGCCAGCUUGGAUUCGUCCUCGACAUAAUGAAGGAUCAUCAGCGGGUCUUCUCACAGGAGUCCAACGCGGAAGAAACAGAGAGCAAGCCUGCGCCGGUGUCUGUGAGCGUGGACUGA